AUGGAUCAGCCAGUGCAAAGGAAUUCCUCCACGGGACAUACGAGGAAUAAAUCAGGCGCGAGGCCUUCUCGGCCUAGAUCAUCAACUAAGGGGCCGCUCGAUUCGGAUGAACAUCCUGUAGCGUCUCCCAUACUGUCUCAAGCCAGUCGUUUCAGUAACAGCCAACAGGCUAGUCCGCGAAGCCUCUCCCGGGGAUUUUCUCCGGCAUCUAGAUCUCCGGCUCCGUCUAUCGCGCCAGUGACAUCCAAGGACUUCUCAUUCCUUCUAAGACCCGAGAUCUACCACCAACUCUCACCCUUAUCCAUCCCAGCUCCCUUCCGCCAUCCUUCUAGACAGCCCGCGCCAGAAACACCUAUCCCAGAGCUCCUUAACAAUGGGCACUUCCGCGCGGCCGCCAUAGCUGCGGUUCAAGCACUAACAAGUAGCCCUGUCUCCGUUGUCGCUGCAGCCGCGCAUCCACCCGUUAACCCCACCGACCACGCGCGCAUCUUCGAGCUGCUGUACACACGGUUGGCGUGUCUGUGCCUUAUCGACGCCACGUCGUUCGCCGCCCAGGAGUCCAAGGCCCUCGAGGACCUUAACUCGGCCUUCUACCUGGAUCCCCUGUCCGGCGCGCACCUAGUGCCCUGGGAGCUGCGUAUCCUCGGCGUGCGCCUGCAAGCCAUUGGUUUUGGCGAUCCCCGACGCGCUGUCAUGAGCUACUAUGAAUUAGCAAGGGAGGCACGUACGCAGAUUACCAAGGCGGGAAAGGCGCAUGAUCAUUCCGCUUCCGAGCUUUGGAAGCAUCGGCUUGCGGAGCUUGGGGUUAAGGUUGCGGGCGUGUUGAUUGAGAUGGAUGAUCUGGCGGGUGCGGUGGAGCACCUUGCUACGCUGGGCGAUGGAAACCAGCACUUUAAGGCUGGUGGUGAUGGGCGGCUGGCUAUGAGCCAGGCUUUAUUGUGGUUACACCUGGGUGAUGUUGAAGCAGCGCGGCGAUGUGUAAGAGACGGCAAGGGUGGGGAGAUGGGAGAGCGUGUUUUGGAUGCGCUAGCUGACAUGGCGGACGGUGAGUAUAAGGUCGCGCUAGAGAAGUGGCAAGUAUUGAAGGGAACGAUGGAGGAGAACGACGUACAUGACGAGAUGGUCGGGGUUAAUCUCGCUGUGUGCCAGCUUUAUACAGGAAACAUGACUGAGGCAAGGGAUACACUAGAAGGUCUUGUGGAUGCGGGUUCGACAUCUCACACAUUGCUAUUCAAUCUGACUACGGUGUACGAGCUCUGUACCGACAGACAUAAGAACCUUAAGCUCAGACUCGCAGAGCGGGUGGCUUCGAAGCAGCCUACACCGCUAGGAUGGGAGAAGACGAAUGCGGAUUUUAAGCUAUAG